AUGCUCUGGCCAAUAAUCGGCCUUCUUUUCGCACUCCAAUUGCACGCGCAGUCGCCUCGUCCAGUCGGUAAGUGAGACAGUGUUGUGUUUUUUCGAUUUUUUGUGUUUUUAGUUAAUUUAGGCCAUUAAAAUAUAUUAUUUCAAGGGUCAGAGAAAAUCCUCUGAUUUUUGAUGUUUGACGUCGAAAAUUGAAGAAAUUUGAUGUUUUCUUGAGAGAUUAGGUUGUGAAAUUGCAAUAGUAAAGUGUUGAGGACUGUUUUCUUGCUGUGACUGUGGUUUUUAACCGACAAAAAUUCUGAAAUUUGAGAUUUUCUGAUGCAACACCUAAAUUAUUGCCCAAAUCUCCAAAAAAAGUUCAAUUUUGACCCUUCCGAAGCUCCAAAUCCUGGCCAAAGAAAGUUCGGACCUCCCUUGACCCCACACGCUCAAUUAUCGGCCAUUACGGUACAUGAACAUGUCGAUUAAUCCGCGCGAAAAGCCCGUUUAAUAGCAUGUUAUUCUUCCCUUCUUUGGCGCAUCUGUUGCAUCUUUUUUCGCGCAUCCAGCUGAGCCCUAAAAAUGUUUCGUUUGUGUUUCUAAAAACAAUUGGCCCCAAAUUGAAUUGCGCGCCCAUUUAGGGCCACAAAAGUUGGGAUCGUAAAUCCGUCAGCUGAUGGAGAUAAACGGCCCCGAAAUCCGAGAGAUUCGGCCUUGAAUCGGGAGAAGUUUUGAGGAACAAUGAAAGAGGGGACAUAAUGGGGUACUGUAACCUUAAUUUCGGAGAGUUUGAAGUUAGAAAAUGAGCGGGUUUGGCUAGUAUAAUAUAAUUUCACCUACUACAAUAUAAUUUUUUGUUUAAAAAUGCGAAAAUUUUGAUGGGAGUUUGAUCAUUCGCCUGAUUAUGAUUCAAAAAUAUGGUUUUUAUCAUUGUAAAAUACGAUUUUGGGGGGAUUUUCUGUCCAAAUUUAUAAAGUCCCAUUAAAAUUGAGACAAAUUUCCCGAAUUGAAGGACCCUUCUUUCUAAUUCAUCCAAAACAAACACAAGCCCGCCGAGAUCCGACCAUUUAUCCUCUCAAAUCUAAUUCGCUUUGUUUUCCCAUCCAAGGUCAUCAGAUGUUUUAAGAAAUUAGGGGCGAAUUCGGUCAGAAAUAGCCAUCAAACUAAGUAGAAAUUAAAAUCAGUAGAUGUAGUUCAUUUUUUGAGCGAUUGGAUUGACUUUGCCAUCAAAAUAUUGUAUUGAAACAGAAUGCCAAAAAUGGCGGGAAAAUUUAUAUUCAAAAAUAACUUAAAAAAUCUCAAAAUUACAACAAGCAAAUUUCAGAACCCCGCCAAUCAUGUCGAGAUCACUUCCUGAGCGGUCAAACCGGCACCAAGGUUCUCCCGUUAUUGGCUGGCAAAGAGGUUUACAAUGUGGAAUGUGAGAUGCCGAGUGAUCCCGAAUCCCUGCUGCCGGUCGGACUUUCGGUCAGAAACGCCCUGGAACGAUGGACUCGGUUGGAUUCGGAGCCAAAAACUGUUGGAUAUCAGUAAGUUUAGAAGGAAAUAUAGUGAGGGGAAGACUUGACACAUUUGGGUCAAGUGUUAUAUUAUGAAUGAGAUUGGUUUGGUUUUGCCUUGAAAUGGGUGUGACUUAUUUAAAAUAGUAUAUUGGCUCCAAUGGGAGAGUUAUAUACAAUCUUGGAGGAUCAAACAAAGAUUGAAAAAUGGAUAUUGUAAUCUACUCUACUGUAAUAUGCAGAGUAGCUCAAGUGUUCUCCUAGUCAAUCUAUAGGUGGAAUGGGGAAUAAAAUGGGCAUAAUUAAUAUAGUUGAGCUAAUUGUCGACCCCCUAUAUGCUUCAGGCCGUGUUUACAACCUCAAGGUAACAGUUGAUCAACUGAGUCAACUGUUUCUCUCAGUCAACAAACUUGAAAUUUACAGUGUAAAACUGAUGUCAGGAACAAUGCAAAGCCUUAGAGUGUUUGUUUUUGCAUUUCGCUUUCGGAAAUUCGCAUUUUUCCCCGAUGUCCUUGAGAAUUUGCGAUUUCGAUUAUUUCUUUCUUUUUUGUUUUUAUCCCCUCCGCACUCCUUAUAAGGAUCAUAAAACCGGAUCAUAGGCAUUUUAUUGGAUCGCUCUUCCCUUUGUGCGGGCCCGAAAAACGAAAUCCGAAGAUCAAAUAAAAUAACGGAUCAAAAUAAUGGCGAUAAGCGUGCAUAAACAAAUAAGCGAUUAGUUUACAAAAAGUGUAAAAUAAGAGGAUUAUAACGAAUUGCGCAAUCAGAAAAUGGCAAAAAUAGAUCUGGCAAAGUUUUGGAGUGAUUUAUAAAGAAAACAUUUGAAUUUUUGGUUUCCCGCGAAGUUUGGCAUUGUGUUCUAGGUGGGUAAAACAAACCAGAUGUUAUAGUAAAUGAGUUUAUUAUAUCUGUAGGCCAUCUUUGACAAUUUUUGACAAUAAAAAUUCAAAUUUUAAUUUUCCCGCCAACUUUGGCAUUGUGUUCUAGACUGCUGAAAUGACCAGAAAUAAAGUGGAUUUUGUAAAUAGAGUAAUUUUAAAUGCUUCUGGAUGGUUUAAAUAUAAAUUUUGCAUUUUAGGAUCAAGAGUUGGGCCUUUCUUCGAUGGACUAUGGCCGAAGCCGAUACUUGCUUCCAAGAGCUCUCCGUCAGCUGGAUUCCUGAUCUUGCAUCGGAUAGAAUGUAAGAAUAAUCAUUUUACUACAGUUUGGAACAUCUUAGCUAUCAAGAUUUAAAAGAUUUGACACAAAUUUAUAUUGUUUUAGGAUCGAAUUCACCGUCGAAUCGAUUCGUGGAAAAUCGCGGACAUUCCAUUUCAAUUCCAGCAAAACUAGUAAGUAAAAGCCCCAAAAAGUAGUACUCUUGCAGCUGUCGAAGAGGUCUUCGUCUUGGAGAACGAGUACGCCGGAGUUUUACACAUUUUCCCACCGGAAAACAUGGGAAAUAUGAGCAUUGAGCUGAAAACCACGGCCCUCAGAUGUCGCCAAUCGGUGGUUCCGAACGCGAAAUGCUUGUUCGAACUGAAUUCGAGGUCCGACCGAAUCGGAAUCGACAUCACCGACGAUCAUCAUUGGGUUUCCUUUUCGUUCCGAACGGAUAUCCCAUCCACGCCGUUCUUGACCCUGAGGGGAGGAGAUGGCCCGGUUCGUGUGGAUAUUAUUGAAGGUGAGGAGAGUUUGGGUUUAUCGUGAGAUUGGGAGAAAUUUGGAGAAAAAUGGGUGAUUUUGAGCGAAAGGGACAUUUUAUACGAUGAAAGUUUUUUUUUGAAUUAACGGUUUCAAAAUAGGUGAAUUGGAGUAAAUAGAAUGUAUGGAGGUCGCAGAAGAGUCUUGUAAAAUAAUCUCGACGUAAAAAUCACAUUAUUGAACGAAAGCGACAUUUUAUACGAUGAAAGUUUUUUGAAUUAACGGUUUGAAAGUUGGUGAAUUGGAAUAAAUAGUAUGUAUCGAGGUCUUACAGGAGCAUUGUAAAACAAUCUCGACGAAAAAAUCACAGUUUUUAACGAAGGCGACAUUUUAUACGAUGAAAAAUUUUGAACGUAUAAAAUGGUUCCUGAUUAAAAAAUCGAAUAGUUUUGGAAGGAGGGUAUUAUUUUGAGCGUUUAAAAAUUUUAAGGUGACAUCUUAUACGAUGAAUUUUUUUUGUAUUUUUUUCGUUUUUUUUUCUAAUUCUGUCAAUUUUUAGGUUACCUAAUCUCCGUCAGUCAAUACGUCAGUCCGAUGAAGCUCCUCUCGGACGGACACUGGCACACCGCAGCCGUUGACGUCCGAAACCUGGUCCUUUUCAUCGAUGGGCGCCAAAAUACGGGCAUUUCUUUGGCCAGUCGCGGCAGAGCCAACAAAAUCGAUUCGAUGGACAUUGUCCUCAACGGCUCUGUGACCGGGAUCAAUUUCAACGGAGGCGCCUGGGAAUGCGACGGCUCGAUCAGCCUCCAGGUUUAUCGGACCCAGCAUAUUCUUCGCAAAAUCUGCCCCAAAUACGAAGCCAGCUACUGCCAGUGCAAGGCCCCGAACUCGGCGUUAAUGCCCGCACUGAACCGCUCAAUUGCCAAGUGUAGCCCACCAGAUUCGAGGAAGGCGUACACACUGAAUCGGAACUCAACGCAUCUGGCUUUCUUCUACUACCCACAGUUCAGAGGACCACAAACCGUCUCGGUGGUCUUCAAAAGUGAUUCGGUAAGGAGUGAGGGAGUGAGAAUGAUUUUUUGGAUCGUUUUGAGGGUGUGGUAGAGGUUAGGUUUGGGUUUGUGAGAGUUUGGAUAAUUCGGUUUGGGUCUCGCAGCGAAAGAUUGAAAAUAAUUGAAAUGGGGCGGAAAGAAGGGGAAUUCGAUAGUAUAUGAGCUUUCCAAAGUUUUUGAAUGCCUGUGGCUAAUUUCGCAACGUUUGAGCCAUGAAAAUGACAAUUUGGGGUCCCACCACGAAAACCUGAAAAGUCCAAAUUUGCUCGUUUUUGAUGGAAUAUGAAAUGUAAAUGAAGAAAAUAGACUUUUUUCAUCAAUUUAAAAAUUUUCAGGACCUUGGCCUUGUGCUCCUUGGCCAACACAAAGAGCUGGGCUCCUCGUCCUCGAAACAACGCUACCAAGUCUACUACGAAAGAGACACAAUGACCGCAGUUUCCUGCCUGAUCGAAGCGAAUCAGCAGUUUGUGUGCCGAGCCUGCUCCAUCAAGCGUUCCGGCGGUUACGGUAGAAACGAGUGGAUCCGCGUUUCCCUGUUUUAUAACCAAAAGAAUUAUCAGUACUUGACGGUCGACGAACAGAUCUGCAAAUUGUCCCCGAACGAGAAGGCGUUCAGCCUGAACGAUAUCUAUAACAUGAACCAAUUGGUGAAUGACGUUCUUUUCAUUGGUGGAUCAUACUACAAAAAGGCCAGAGGAACGGCCAGAGUCAAGGACGAUUUCAAAAACAAAUUCUUCGAGAACACCCUGGAAAAACCCCCAUCAUUGAAGGGAUGCAUUGCGGAGAUCAGAGUCGGCGGAGAGAUUUUGGACAUGGAGAAGGUGCUCCGAGAACAAAAUGAAGCCAUUUUGGUGGAUUCGGAACGACCAGUCUUUGCUAUUGAGGUAAGAAAAGACGCGGGUUGGAUUUUAGAAGGUGUAGAUGAAGCAUUUGAUGGUGUUGGAGGUAUUUUAAAGGGUUGAAAUUUGAUUUACUGUCGAUUCUGAGAAGUAGAAAAAAUAUGAAAAUUUGUGGGUUUUUUGUAGGCUUUUUUGAAAUGGAAAAUAUCCAUAAAUUUUUGAAAAAUUUUUUAGUAAAAAUUUUUAUUUCUCUAGGAGUGGUAAAUAGGAAUUUCAACUUUAUAUUGCAUUAAAGUAACCUAAAGUAUGUUUAGAGACUAAAGAAAGUGAGUUUUUGUAAAAUACGCCGAUCUUAAAAAAGUUGGAAAAAAAGGAAAAUUUUGUAGGCUUUUUUGAACUAGAAAAUAUCCAUAAAUUUUCGUCAAAAAUACUUUGAGAAAAUUUGAUGCCCUGAGGCCGAAAAAAAAUUAAAAGUUGGCUGUAUAUCAUCAAAUUUUCAGCAAGGAUGCCUCGACUGCACUGAACUCGAAGAUCUUUGCCGUGGUGCACCAUGCCGCGCCGUCUCGCCCUUCCAGCCGAAAACCCCGGUUUGCGAUUGUGCCAAGGAUUUCGCAGUCCGCUCCCAGAUGGACGGAUCCUGCCUUCAGCAGGAGAAGGACAAAUACAAACCCACGGCCUUGAAGCUUACGGAUUCCGAAGCGUUGACCAUCGAACAGAGCCUCGGAUUUGUGAAGCAGAGUUUUGUCGAUAAAAUCUGGGGAUUAUUGAGAUUCCCGGAGACGGAGAGUGAUCUGGCACCUAUCAUCAGCUUUGGAGAGUAAGGAUUUGGGGUCUGGACGGAUUUUGGGAAAGUGACAUUUUAUACGAUGGAGAAUUUUUCAUCGUAUAAAAUGCCGGCUUGGGCGAAGAAUUGCUAAUAUUUUUCUUUAGUGACUAGGUUGAGUGGUGGAUUAAUUCUUUUUGAUGUUUUGGAAGUGCGACAUGUUAUACGAUGAAAUAUGAUUCGGACAUAUUUCAUCGUAUAAAAUGGUCAGAGUUGUGUGAAACUUCAGAAAGUUGUCUGUAAACUGAUUAAUAUGAUAUUGAAAUGUAAAUUUUUCAAUAAUUGGACAGUGACGUCUUAUACGAUUAAAUAGGUUUUGGACAUGUUUCAUCGUAUAAAAUGGCCAUGCUUUUCUGAUUUUUAGUUUUUAUGGUCUUAUAUUCAAUUUUCAGGAUCCAGAUCCUCGUCGCGGACUACGGUCGUCGCGUUGUCGUCGAAAUUGGCGGAAUCCGCGAAGAAUUUUCGGUGAAACACCGCGAUGAACGUCUGCAUUUGGUCAGCAUCGAGCGAAAUCCCACCAUGUCGGCCUCUAGAGUCGAGCGAACCCUGACGAUCCGCCUGGACGGCGAUAAACGAGAGGUUCGAAUUCCCAGAAUCCCGAUUCAUGCCGGAAGUAUUCUUCAAAUUACGCCGGUCCCAACGACGAACAAAGGCUUUGGAGGAUGUCUAAAUGGUAGGUUGUAGGGAGAUUAGGAAAUUUUAUGAAUUUUGGGGAUUUUUGAGGAGGAGGAGAAAAUGUCAUUAUGACGGAUUUUUUGGAGGUUUUACAAAUUUUUCGAUUUUUUAAAAAUGGUAAAAAGCUUGUAGAUUAUUGCAAUUUUUGGGUAAAAUACGUUUCUUGCUGCCUUUUCAGGCCUAUCCAUGUCCUUUGAUUACGACGAAGACACCAUGAUCAGCUCCAGAUACAACCUCGAAGAUGAACAUCAACACGAACUUUUGGCCAAUAUAAUCAACAAACCAGUGAUCGCACCGAACGUCUCGAAACUCCUCAUGUUCGGAGACUCAUGUGGAAUCCGAGACCCAUCGGUUUGGAACGAUAACAGCACCAGUUUGGGCCUGGUCGGAAGCUAUGACCCGGACGGCACAAGUCAGACCUUUAACGAUGAGAAAACAUCCCUGAUCAGUUUGAUUGUGACGAUCUUGUUGAUCUUGGUGGUACUAUUUUUGAUCCUGGGCUACUGCUACAAACGAGGAAGACGUCAUGUUUACAAAACAACGACUACAAGCGGAUAUACACCAGGUGAGUAGUGGAAUAUUUAAAAAAUGAUUUUUUUUGGGUAUUUAAAGGUCUCAAAAAGAAUUUUUGUGGUUGCAAAAGCGGCUUUGGGCCACCACAUAUCGUAUUUUACCCUUUUUUGGUCAGAAAAUCGUUAUGAAACAGAAUGCCAAGGAUUUGAAAAUUUUGGCGGGAAAAUUGAAAUUUGAAUUUUUGACAUCAAAAUUGAUUGCAAAAGCGGCUUUGAGCCACCACAUAUCGUAUUUUACCCUUUUUUGGCGAGAAAAUCGUUCUGUAACAGAAUGCCAAAGAUUUGAAAAUUUUGGCGGGAAAAUUGGAAUUUGAAUUUUUGAGAUCAAAAUUGAUGGGAUUCGUAUUUUAGCUGAUGAGAAACUCCUCAUGAACGGCGAUAAUUACACGGACGGCACCUCAAACGGCUCACCUCCACCAAAAAUUCGCCCGGACUUUGGAGAUUUGAGCCCAACUACCCCGUCCAGGCCGCUGAUUAUCCCCGGAAAACCAGUUAUAAUUGAGGAAAAGGUAAGGUGAUGAGACUUGAAAAUGAUUUUACUGUGAUUUGAGAGGAUUUUGAUAGAAUUUUUUGGAAGAUUUCUGAUGUUAUCCGUGGUGAUUGAUGUCGCACUUGAAUUUUUGAUCCAAAAUUAAUUUUCAGAAUGAUGAUUACCCCUCAAAUCGAAUCACCAGACCUGUUGCGGUCCGUCGAAUCCCCCCAACGGACUCACCAUCCCCUCCGACAUCCACAAAAGCCCCAAUUGCAAACUCGGAAGACGUCUAG